AUGCGCCCAUUCACCUCGGGCCUCCGCCCAUUGAAUACCUUCGUGUCGCAAGCCAAGUCCUACACCACGAUUGCGCGUCUACAACCCUCACGUUUCCUCUCAACAAACCCAAUUCACUCGCGACCAACUCUUCGAUCAUCGCCACUCCCUCGCUCGCGCAUUCUCACCCCCCAAUUCCGAUACAACUCAAGUGCACCUCGCCCUCUCACCGACUCGAACAAGAGCCAGGCAGAGCAAGAUGCCGAAUGGGAAGCUCAGAACCAGGAGCGUCGCAAGAACGAAGAGGCAUACCGUAUCACCUUUACAUGCAAGCCCUGUGGCCAUCGCUCCGGCCACCGGAUGUCCAAGCAAGGCUACCACCGUGGAACGGUCCUUAUCCAAUGCCCUUCCUGCAACUCGCGUCAUGUUAUGAGUGACCAUCUGGGUGUCUUCUUCGAUAAGAGGACUACUCUGGAAGAUUUACUGAAGGAGAAGGGCCAGGUCUUGACUCAUGGUCGUACAGAUGGGAACUUGGAGUUUUGGGAUGAUGGUACUGUGAAGAGUUACGAUCUGGAGGGCAAUGAGAGGCUCGGCUCUCCUAAACAAGAAUCUUCUGAGUCAGAAUCUCCUGAGCCAGCAUCUCCUGGCGAGAAGUCGUCUUGA